AUGAGCAAGGCUCACCCUCCAGAGCUGAAAAAAUUUAUGGACAAGAAGUUAUCAUUGAAAUCAAAUGGCGGCAGACAUGCCCAAGGAACAUUGAGAGGAUUUGAUCCCUUUAUGAAUCUUGUGAUAGGUAAAUGUGUGAAGAUGGCAACCAGUGGGCAACAGAAUAAUAUUGGAAUGGUGGUAAUACGAGGAAAUAAUAUCAUCAUGUUGGAAGCCUUGGAACGAGUUUACAUAGUAACUGUUCAGCAGAGAAAUCAAUUCCCCUCUUCAGAGCACUAG